CGAUCGCGGCGUUCACAUCCAAACCUCACCCACCUCUCUCUUGCACCCCUCUCCUCGAAAUACCCCCUCGACGCCUCCACCCCGCCAUCUCCCACCUCCCCAACCGCCCAAACACCCUCCUACAUCGCCAAUCGCUCCGCCCCCACCACCCCCGGCAUCCUCUCCCUCUCCCAAUCCCGCAGCACCUCCGCAUCCCGCUCACGCCGCCGCCCCAAAACCCCAACCGCCGCCUACGCCUACGACGGCUACUUCCCCGCCGCGACUACCGAAAACCCCCAACACGCCAUCGGCGAGAUCCCCAAAGCAAAGAGCACCAGCGUGCUCGGCCCCGGCCUCUCCACCUCAAACCUCAACCUCACUACAUCUACAUCAAGUGUCGCGAUCGCAGGCGAAGGCAAAAAGCGCCACCACCUCCGCACCCGCACGGGCGACUUCCGCCUCCCGACCCCCUUGCACCGUCACCACACGACCCACGAGGCCGCCGACGAGUGGCUGCACCGCGCGGGCCUGGCGAUCGCGGGCGAGACGCGCGAGAGCAAGGGCCAGAGCUGGCUGAUCCGCCGCGCCAGCUCGACGAGUCUGGUGCGGCAGAGCGAUGGGUGGGACGAGCAUCCGAGCCAUGAGCACGAGGCGGGACCGCAGCUCAUGAAGCUGAUCUCGGGCGAGCAUUUUGAGUUUAGUGAGGGGGGAUGGGCGGGGAGCCCAAGGGUCCUGUCGCGGUUUGGGAGCCGUGUAGGGAGCAGGAUACAGAGUGCGAGGGGGAGUCGGAGGGGGUCGAGGGUGUGGGGGAGUAAGGGGGAACUGGCUGGGAUGACGCAUGCACAGGAGGAUGGUGGGGAGGAGGGGUAUUUUGCCGAGGAGGUGGUGGAGGCGGAUUUUGUGGGGAGUGAUGAGGAGAGUGUGGGAGAUGAGGAGGAGGUGGCGAGGCUGGCGAGCGAGAGGGGAUUUGGGCUGGGUGGGUGGAUGGAUCGGUUGGUUGGGUGGACGCUGUUCAGUGUUGAGGAAGAUGGAGAAAGUAGUGAUGAGGAGGGAGAGGAGGAGGAGGCACUGACGAGGGAAGACGUGUUGUUGAAGAAGGAAGUGGAGGCGAAGAGGAAGAAGAUGGAGCGGGAAGCGAUCAUUGCGGCUUCGGCGGCGGGAUCAAAAGAGAAAGAAAUUGAAGAGGAAAAAGAUGUCCCAAUACCGGAGCCUGUGCCGGCGGAAGGUGAGGGUGGGUGGCAGGAUGCUGCAUGGCUUCUGAGCGUUGCAUCAAAGGUCCUUCUGUGA